CAAAGAUAUCGUAUACAGAUGAGAAUGUAGGAAUAGAUCUAUUACAGUCUGUUGUCUCUUCUUGUAACACUCGUCGAUUUCGUCAAUUUAACUUCAUAAUGAGAAACAUUGCUUCUUGUCCAUAUAUACAACGUUCUUUACGAGCGUGGCUUCAGUUCUGUGUACGACAUAGCCCAGCUUGCUGAGUUGCUUUAGCCACGACAAUAGUCCCGUACGGAGAUAUUAAACCCAGGGUUGCUGUGACAGGCGGUGUCGUUUCCCGUGCAUGGAUAUUGAUCUGAAUAUAUAUUCCAAGUGUGGGAUUACGGUUCUACUACGUAGAUUUCUUCACAACAGUCCAGCUUUUGCGCUAGCAGACGAAGCACGUAUACAAUGAAGCUCGCCGUAAUUGUGUUGAUCAUAACGCUUUCUGGGAUAGGCAUACCGUGCCUUGCUUCGUCCUCCAAGAACAAAACUCGGCCACCUCCAUCGAAAGAACUCAGGGGUGGCGAAACCUUCCUGAUGUUAAAUGUAUCGAUGAUACUCAGCUCCUUGUUGGAUGAAUAUGACCAAGGCUUGCGACCAAACUACGGAGAUGAUGAAGUAUUAGUGAACGUCAGUAUGUAUAUUUAUAGCAUGGGAGAUGUCUCCGAGACAGGGAUGGAAUACACAAUCGAUUUGUAUUUUCGUCAGCAGUGGAGUGACCCCCGGUUAUCUUUUGAUGGAACAAAUAUAGACGAUCUAGCACUGACAAACGAAAUGGUCAAGAAGUUAUGGGUUCCUGAUACGUAUUUCAUCAAUGAAAAGAGAGCAAACUAUCACACUGUAUUGAGUGAAAAUUCUCUUAUACGAAUCAAACCAAACGGUGAUCUACUAUAUAGUACAAGGUUGACAAUAACGCCAAGCUGCCAAAUGGAUCUUAAAUACUUCCCGAUGGACAUUCAACAUUGUAUGCUCUGGAUGGAAAGCUAUGCUUAUAGCGAUAGAGAUAUAGACUACAACUGGAUUGAGACGGACGCUAUUACAAUGGAUAAGAAUAUAUCAUUGCCCCAGUUUGAUCUUUUGGGUUUUAACUAUCGAACAAAUAAAGCACAUUACUAUGGUGAGUAG